AUGUCGAAUGUCCUGCUUCUGAGAGCUGCCAAUCAAGACAGCCCAGAUCGAUACGAAGAUGCUUUCAGGUCUCGCAGAUACCAUCCAAUAUCAGUUCCGGUACUAGAAACUGUCAUAGUUGGCUGCGAGGAGCUAGCACGCAGAUUGAGCAUCAGUCCAGAGAAGCAGAACCUGUCUGGAGUUAUAGUCACGAGCCAGCGAGCCGUCGAGGCAUGGUCCGAGGCGGCUCAAGCAUUGAUCAUUGCUAAUAACAACACGCCUCUCAAGCCCGAAUCUGACUGGUGGUCUGUGCCGUUCUAUACAGUUGGAGAAGCUACAUCGGUCGCGCUUCGUGAUCUUUCUGAGAAGAUACCUCUGUAUACACCCAGAGAUAUUCGAGGUGGCUCAGAGACGGGGACUGCGGAACGCCUUGCAGGAUUCAUACUCAAAGAUCUUCCCUCGGAUGGGACAAGCAAAAAACUUCUCUACCUCACUGGAGAUAAAAAUCGCGACACAUUACCGAAGAUUCUGGAGUCAGCUGGUGUCACUUUAGACUCACUCCAGGUCUAUGCCACACAAGGCUCAUCCAUGUUCCCUCACGAUUUAUCGCUUGCCUUGGAACAUGAGGGAUUAUCCUGGGGAUGGAUCGUCUACUUCGCCCCUUCAGUAGCUGAAUUUGUGACGCCAAUCCUACGGAAUCACUUCGCCCUACCUGCGGCCAAUUCGAGCAUAGAAGAUUGUGCCCGACCUUCAGAAUAUCAUCACGUCAAAGUUGCUGCAAUAGGACCUACUACGGAGUCCUUUCUCCAACAAACUUUGAAGUUGUCGGUGGCAGUAACCGCGAGAAAUCCCAAGCCGGAUGAUCUUGCUGAUGGAGUCCUUCAACACGAUGAAGCACAAUAAAAUGCAGUCACUCCAUGUAUACCUUUUAUCACCUGUCAUUACUGCAGAACAACUGCAGAACGUGCUAAGUACAUAUGCCACUACCCGAGCCUCGUUCACUUUUCACACAAUCACACGGAACUGACAGGCAUUACGGAAUGGAAAACUUUACGGAAACCUUACGAUUCCCAAGUGUCGGGCACAAUUUCAAUGCAAUUUGCCCAGUUUGUCAACACGCUGACAA